UUUAAUCCAACACUAUUUUAUCUAAUAGUGCCUCAAUAUUAAAGUAAGCCUUAAUUUCACAACUAUAUAAAUAAGUGAUAAAAGAAAAAAAUCUUAUAUCUGAAUUUUAAUACCUACUAUCAGCUGGCUACUGGCUUCAUAGUUCAUAUCCAUCCUCUCUCUCUCUCUCUCUCUCUCCUUGGUCUACAGCUGUGUCAGAAAUAAUUGCAAACCUUUCACCACCUUCUCUUCCUCCUUUCCAUCUUCAUAUAUAAACCCCCUCCCUGUCCAUCAACACUAUCAUACAACAAAAUAAAAUAAAAAAAAAAAAAACAAAGCAAAACUAAAGUUAUGUCUCUCCUCUUUGAGGCGGCAUCAUCAUCCUCAUCGUCGUCGUCGCCGAGGGACUGCUCCAAGAGAGGGCUCUCCCACCAGCUGAGGUCGCGGCUGAUCUCCAGGAAGCUCCUCCUCCUCCUGUCCACCCCGCUGCUCUCCCUCCUCUUCCUCCUCCUCCUCCUCUGGCUCAUCCUCCGCCCCUCCGCCCCCGAGUUCUCCCUCAGAGACGCCGCCCUCCUCCUCCCCCCGCCGCCGCCUCCUUCUUCGCCCUCCGCCGAUCCUCUCCCCGCCGCCGCCACCGUCACCGCCGUCGUCGCCGCCAAGAACCCCAACGCCCACGUCGGCGCCUUCUACGACCGCCUGCGCGUGCGCGCCGCCUGCGCCGGGGAGCCCCCCGCCGCCGAGGCCGCCGUCCCCGGCUUCUACCAGGAACCCCGGACCGUCAGCACCGUAUCCGCGGUGGUGGGCCCCACCGCAGUCAGGGGGCCGCAAAGAUCUGCAGGGUUGCUGAUCGAGAUACGGCUGCAGGGCCGGCUCCGGUGGAAGGUCGGUAUGUGGGUGUCGAGAGGUUACGGGUUCGAGGUCGCCUGUCUGGCCGUGGUGGAGGUCGGGCCGGCCGCCGGUACUAGUGUGCCGCUAAGUCAGUGUUCUACCAGUAUGUAAAUAUACUGCAGUAUUUAGUUAGUUUAGCUUCAUUAAAGCUGGCCACUAUUUUGCUAGCCGAGUUUGAUUAUACCAGUGUAUCUUUUUAUGUUAAUUAAGUUUCUUUUUGUUAGUUUUGGUAUAAAUGUUUGUAUACAUAGAGAGAGAUCUAUGCCUAUUAUAUAUUUGCCAAUCGGAUUGAA